CGCGCAGCUCGACUGUCACACGGCUCCGUGCUCCUUCUUCAUUUCGGUGGCGUGGGGGGAAGAGAUAAAGAGGAGAGCGCGCGCCUGUCAGCUCUUCUGUCGGGAGAAAUUGAAAAAAAAAAAAAAAAAAAAAAAAAAAAAAACGCGGCUCGCGACUCGUGUGUGAAGCGUCCGGUAGCGCUUGGUUUCGGAAUAACGACACAAUCUCCUAAACGUCGACGAUUUCAUGGGUCUGCGGGGAGAAAACGGAGCGAGCGGUGACGAAAAAUCCAGAAAUAAUGCGUGAUUAAACGCCAGCUGAGGCUUGACAUCUCCCCGUGCUUCAUUCUCGUCGAGUUUAUUCGAAGGGUUGGUCCCCAGAAUUCUCUCUGAAAUAUGAAAAACUUGCUAUGAAGUUUUAUACCCACAGUACCUGAAGGAGGCUGAAAUAAAAAAGGUGAUGGAGCACCCGUACAAGGACUCAGUCCCAGUAGACAUGGCAAAUCCUCAGGAAGUCUGCAACAGCACAGUGGGUGGAGUUGACAGCAUUGGCAAACUCGAGAGCGAGACCAGUCCAGUAAUCCCCAAUGAGACAUGGAAUGUCAGUUCUCCUACCAUCUCGAAGAGGUCUGUCUCUCCUCUCUUGACGAUUCAGGCAGCUCCUGUCGUUGCCCCCAAUACAGAAUCUCCUGGAGGGGUUGCUCUUAAAGUGGCAACCACAGUUCUUCAGCCCAUCUGCUUGGGCGAGAGUCCAGUUGUGCUACCCAUCUUAGCUGGCACAGCAGCUGCUCAGGUUGGGCAGGCUGGUACUACGCCAUACCUGAUGACCAGCCAAGGGCCCCUUUCCCUGCCCCUGGUUUUAGAGCAGCAGGUGCUGCAGCACCUGAACCCACAGCUCCUCCAGCAGACUGCCACUUGCCCAGCACUCUCGCUACAGAACAACAUGCUGUGCCAGAACCCUUCAGUCGCUCUUGGGCCUCCCCCUUCUCUGGACCAGAAAGGUGUUGGUCCAGUCCUGGAUGCAAGUCUGCUUACCCUUCUCCAGAACCCAAAUUUUGCUGCCAUCUUGCAGGAUCUUUUUCCUGCACAAGGUAAUACCUCACCUACUUGUCAUCCAGUGACUUCCCCGCAGGCAGACCCUUUUUCAUCUGCUUUUCUCCCCCCUCCACCACUUACACACCCAUAUAGCUCCCCACUUGCCCCACUAGUGCCUCCAGCCACUUUGCUUGUCCCUUAUCCAGUUGUCAUUCCCCUGCCAGUUCCACUUCCAGUCCCAAUUCCCAUUCCAGUCCCAGUCUCAACUUGUAAGGACACCAAGGUUGACAGUGAACCCUCUAAACCUGCUUGCACUUCAAGUAAGAGCACUCAGACUUCCACUUAUGACUUCUGCCCUCCUGUGAUGAUGCCUAGCAAGGAUAUGGCAUUCCAACAGCCACCUCUUCAGUCCAGUUCAUCCCCAGUGGUGACAGAUGGGGAGGUGCUAGACUUGUCCAUCAAGACCCCUCAAACUGUACCACUGCAUAGUGGCAGUUCACAGGAGAUCCAACCUCUUCAGCAAGACAGUGUACUUGAUCUAUCUGUAUCCAGUGAUAGGAAGACAUGCAUCCAGUCAUGUAGUGUCUAUGGGCCACCACCACCUGACCGAGACAGAGCCUGCAUCUCUGGAGAGGAUGUCUGUAAUGGAGCUUUGGCUCUGGGGGUCUUGCGACCAGUAGAUUGCACUCCCAAACUGGACUCCAAACUGCUCAGUGGUUUAGCGUCACUGGAGUUUAGUCGGCAGCACAAGUGGGUGGUGGACAGUGGCAGCAGUGGUUCUGUCACCAGUUCAGUACACGAUGCUGCUCUUGGAAGUAGUGGCAACAUUGAAAUUGUUAGCACUUCACAGACAGCCAAGGUUAUUGUAUCUGUGAAGGACGCUAUGCCUGCGAUCUUUUGUGGCAAACUCAAAGGUCUGUCAGGCGUCUCCACAAAAAAUUUCUCUAUUAAGUGUGACGCCAGUCAAGGGGGUUAUGCUGCCCUGCCUAGAUCCCAAGGAGAGCAGCGGGGAGACCCUAGUGACACACUUAAAAAAAUCCCCAAAAACCGAGCGAUUAAACUGAAGAAGGUCAGCUCCCAGGAGAUCCACAUUCUACCCUUAAAGAAGCAGCGUCUGGCUGCCUUUCUACCCAGGAAAUAGCAAGGACUCUGCUGUUGAUGGUGUGAGCUAGGGGACGCCUGUGGGAUGGAGACAGAAUGAAUGAAAUACGGUGCAUACAAAAGCCUGAAGGAAGGAAGGAGGACAUUGAGAUAGAGAAACUGGGAGAGAGGGCGAGCAAGGAAGGAAUUAGGGUUUGUUGAUGCUAAAGGCAUUUCUGGCAGAAACAAGACUUAGACACGCUCUAAACUGUCCAGAAAUAUUUAGGGCAAUGCUGGCCGCCUCUAGUUUGCCUGGUCGGCAUUUGAUCCAUUCAUUAUAAAGCGAUCAGAGAGAUUGUUUAAGUGGCUGAGUCCACAAGAAAUAGAAUAUACAAGGAGCUGAAAAUGACAGACUGCAACACUACUGAACAAAUCACUCACAUUUCCACAUUUAAUUUCCCCCAAAACUGCUCCUCUGCUAUGCAUUUUGAUUUCGGUCACACAUCGCCAUGAAUUAUUCAUGACUUCUCUAAUCUAAAUGUCCAUUAAUAUGCAUAAGCUCAGUUCAGAGAUUGUGCCAGCUGCCAGAAUGAAAUCAGUCCUGUAUUCCUCAUACAAACACAAUGUGACGAAUUUAUAUUCAUCUCCGUCUGUUCUGCUCAUACCAAAUGCUGUUUGCUCUAAGUUCUUGUGCAGGACUCACCCCAGGUUUUGUUUCCAAAAUGAACUUUGUGUGAACAGAUUUUCGUUUUCACUUGGGGUAGUGUGUGACCUCCGUGCUUUGCCCUGUUAACCGGUAAUCGCUGUAUUAAUCAGAGGAUCAGCUAAGCGGAACAUCCACUUUCAAUGGGGGGUAGGGCUAGCAGUUAGCACAGCGGGCUAAUAAUGACUUGCCAAAGCAAAAGGUCUCUUUCAUUAACUUUGAUGAUCGGCAGAAAUGGUUGCCAGUGGCAACAAAGCACAGUUUUCAUCCUUCUUUCUGGGGGAGGGUGACUGGGGGGGUGGGGAUGGAGGAACACACUGCCCACCCAUCUCAAUUAGAACAAAAUAAUCACCAGGGGCUUGCCUAUAGCACAGUAAAUGCAAUUUAAAGGGGUUAUUAAUGAUCUUUGUGUGGGUUUGCUUUUUUUUUUUCUUUUAUAGAGAUUUUAUGAGCCCUCCGAACUGCAGGCCUGCGUUCAUAAUUUCAGGCUUAACUGGUAUUAUCUACUCGUGUUUGUUAUUGCAACAUGUCUGCUUCUAAAAUUGGGCGGGGUGCUUAUUGCACCACUAGCUUUUACUUUUGUUAUACUAAAACCCCUAUGAAAAUGACAACCAAUAAAUCAAGUUGUUUGUGUUUCAUAUUGCGCUCCCCCCAUUCCCUGCACAAGCUUUCUGCAUACGGCAUUGUGUGUGUGUAACAACUUUAAGCUACUCUCCCACAGUUUAGUGAUUGAAAGAGGACAAUUUAAUUUGAUUUUUGUCCCCUUUCAGGUCUCAUUUAGUUUGACACUAACUAAACGAAUCUGUUUAGUACUCCAAAUAUCAUGAAAACACAGAAAAAAAAAAUCCAGCCUUAGAAAUGUCAGGACUGUCAGCACGGUGUGUAAAUUCUGACUCACAUUCCUUGACCUCAGCUACAUCACUCCAGUUCAUAAUUGGUCUGAAGAGCUUGACCAGGUAGAUGCAUCACACAGCGUCGCACGAUCAUGUUAACAAACGUGGUCUUUCUGGCAAGCUUUCUAAAAAAUCAUAUCUGUAUUUCUAUCUGUUUAGAGCAAAUUAUCUGUUCAGUUCAAAUAAUAUAUUUGGUAACAUCCCUAAUUUAGAUAUGCAUAUACAGUAGGUACUGUGUUGUUGAUAGAGCUCCGGUUAUCAAUACUUCUACUGGAAUUUUGUGUGUGUGGUGAUGAGGAGGGCUUUGCUGCUCUGAAAUUCACUGUGUUAAUUCACCCUUAGUGGCUAAUCUACAUUCACCUCAUAUGUGUUUCCCAGUCCACACUGCAUUGCACAUUUUAGUGUUUUCCUGCUCUAACACGCACCUUUAAGCUCUGAAAGGGCUUGAUUAUGAGUUGAUGUGUUGAGUCAGGUGUGUGAGAUCAGAGAAACUGUCUAAAGGAGCAGAAUUGGGAAACCCUGCCUUAAUGUAAGCAUGUUAUGAGACAUUAUUGGUGUUUUGAACAAUUCCGAAGGCAUGAAGGAUAUGAGAAUGAAGCAGUCAGAAAUGAGAUGAAGGAAAAAUCACCCUUGGGGAAAAAAAAAAAGGAAAAAAAACCCUUAAACCCACAAAACAGGAUCAAUGAUGUGUCUCAGCUAUUCUUUUCCACUACGCUGUGCUAGCUUAAAAGGCUUAGCAGAUCUUCAGAUUUGGUCUGCACCACUCAGAUUCACACACAACACUAAUUUAGUCAAAGCCACAGAAACGCCCAAUGAGCCGAAAAGCUUCUAACUACACAUGACAUCAAAAAGCUGACUUUGAAGCUCAGCAAACCCAUUUUCUCAAAUUUGACUCGCAAUCUGUAAUUCAAUAUCGUAAAUGAACGGCUCUCUUUAUAAAAAGUCCUACGUCAGGUUCUUGAACACAGCAUGGGGUAAUUAUGCCUCGUAGUGUUUUUAUUCCUGUAUGAUGAGGGGAGGAUUGCUUAAUCUUCGGCGUGUUUAGAGUGCCAGAGUGCUUUUAUUCAUAAAGCAGCUCAGAGCUGAAUCGCUUAUCCAUGGCCUGCUUUUCUGAAGGGUAUGGAGAAGAAAUCCGGAAAAGGAAUCAAAGACUAAAGAUGUUUAUUAUAAUCUUGAUCUUAAUGUUCUCUCCUCUGCAAAUAUGAUUUUAUUUAAAGAUUAAUCCUAGCACAAAAUUAGCUGAAAUUGCCAAUCGAGACGUUCAAUGGUUAUUUAACAAUUAUUUGAUUCAUUGUGUGAUCAAACAGUGAUUUUAUAUAAUGUAUCAUAAAAAUAUGCAUUUUUUUGGAUUGUAUUAAACUGAACCUCUGUCAAAACUCAUCAGCAUUAAGUAGCUGUAGAUUCAUAAUGUGUUAACAGUGUGCGCCUACAAUAUCGGUUUUGGGGCGAAACAUGCAACCGUUGCACAAAUACUGAAUCCUUUGUGUGAGUGUGUGUGUGUAUGUAAGGGAAAACCCGACUUUAUGAUGUGAACGAAUUCACAAACUCAUCCUUCCUACUCAAAAGACGGUACGUGACACUUUGUAGGAGUUGAUAAAAUAUUCUGUGGGAGAUGAUUUUUUUUUUUUUUUUUUAAAAACCUUUUGUAAAUAAUGGAGCAAUGUGUUAAGGACUAAAUGAAAAAAGAAGAUGGCCAUGUUUUUAAAUUAUUUAUUUAUUCUUAUUUGUAUCAUUUAAAAUGUGGAAAAAAAUGUGUAUGUGAAGGGUGCAUUACUUUUAAAAAUGUAACAUUAAAAAUGUCUAUUCACAUCUGAACAA